UCUCGUCUAGUAAGCAGUGUGAUUACAGUGUAGUUAUUUCUCAGAAACAACUUGCUUGCAGCAUGUCGAUGUUAAGCGUUUGUGUUUCCCUCGUUAAAUUUGGAUCUCUUGACAAUUUUGUGACAGAGUAGUGAAAUAUACAGUGCCUGUGUCAUUAGAGACAGAUAUAAAUAUAGGUGAUACCUGUCAUUGUGUUCUGCUGGGUAAGAGCUAAUUGCUGGCAUUUGUGUUGAAGUUUUUGUUCUUGCUAAAAAUAUAUAGGAGACAAAUUACUAGAACAUGGAGUGGUCACAUGUUACCAGUUUGAAAAUUUGACCUUCAUACAGAAUCCAUCUAUUGUGACUGCGAAGUUAUAGAGUAAAUAACACCAUCAUGAAAGUCACAUUUGAAAUGACAAUAAUUCAUGACAUUGUGAUCCCUAAUAGAUCAUUUUCAAAUAAAUGUGUGUGAGAGAGAAUAUGCUUCUGUUUACAUCAUACAAUAUUGUUCUGAAAUUAUUCAGAGAUCUCAGGUAUAGGCAGUGUUAUCACUGUGCAGCACAACCUGCUGGAUUAGCCAUUAUUUUUGAGAAAUGACACUGACACCAGAAUCAUACUGCUUACUUAGAUGAGCACUGACCUAGAUACACCUACUAUUAUCCAAACACUUCUUUCUAAUGUUGUGCCACUGCUGCAGUAUGUCUGCAUGGUUCUAAGGUUUAUUUUGCAACUGACUGUGUAAUAUGUACUCCUUGUUAAAAUUCCCUCUAGCAGAAAAGCCAAAACUAAUGAUAACAUAAAGAAUCUGAGAAAAUAUUUCUUCAUUGAGAUUCCUUAGCCAAGAUGGCAACAACUACGAAACCAUCAGGAAAUCAAGAAAAAAUACGACUAGAUGUGGAAUAUGUCAGGACCAUUCCAAGCAUCUUAAAAAUUGUGGAAAUAGUUCUGGACAUUCUUGUGCUAAUAUGUGCCUCCAUUGAUGAUUGGUACUAUGUUGGAGGUGGAUGGGUACAGUUCGUGGCAGCGUCAGCACUAGGGACAACAGUUAUCCUUUUCAUCUUUCAUUUCUUCCAAUUAAUCUCCCAAUUAUCUGGGCCCUGGAACCUUAUUGAGAUCAUUUACUGUGGAAUAUACGUUAUUCUGUUUCUGAUUGCUGCUAUUGUGAGUGCUGUGCGUGCCCACUUAGAGCCAAGCAUCGUUGCGGCUUGUUUUUUCUGCUUUGCUGCUCUGGCUGUUUACACUCUGGAUGUUGUCAUCAUGUACCGCAACCAGAACAUUGAAUGCUGCAAUACCAAUAAGAAGUCCAACCCCCACAGUGAUGAUUCCUAGUUCUAAGCAUAAGAAUACUGAAAGUCUAGUUGCUGGAUACCUUAGUAAAUGUUGUCUGCAGGGAUCAAAGGACUGGCCUUUGAUUACUGACAGCACUGAGUGUGCCAGACACUGGGCAAGGAACUGUAAUGGCAAUAUUCAUGAAAGCAAUCAAAACUUGUGCAAAUUGCCAGUAACAUGCAGUGGACUGCAUAAGCAUUUUGUACACCAAGUCCAAAAGAUCCACAACAAUUUUCUUGAAGCAGUAUUUCAACCUGAACAGCAUUUCCAACUGUAAUGUAUAACACAAAGCUGUGAUUGGAAGAAGUUGGCUAGACAACAUCUCUGAUGGACUUCCAUCAGAAUUUUUUGCUUUUGGAUUAAAAAUGGAUUUCAGUGAGAUUUUUAGUGGAGUUGAAUGAUGCACCGAGUGAUCAGAACUUUCCCAGUAAUUUGAUCAGCAUCAACAAAUCAUUUCACAGGCAAAUGAGUGAGAGAUAAUAACAUCAAAAGAGUUGCAGGUAAUGGUAGAUCCAGAUUUAGGUCUCUGACAUAUGACAUAGGGAUGUUGUUUUCUGCUGUAUUCUCAGUGCAUGUUGGUAGUACUUUGGGUACUCUAUAUUUGUGCAAGCACAACUUCUUUCUGUCAAAGUGUUAAUAUGUGAUAAGUGCUUUUCAUGAAACAUUUUGUGCUGAAUUUAAGGUAUUUAUAACAAGCAUAUACACAUUUAUGACUAGAUCAUAGCAGUUUUUGUUCACUUACAUAUCCUUUUUUAUCUUUAUAGAUUAAAGGCUACAUUAAGUUGCUUACAUUGUUGAGUAAAAAAUGUUAUUCAGAUAUUUAAUCGAGAAGAAUCCAUACUACCUUAUCCAGAAGUGUAAUUUGUUCUUACAAUCAUGUUUUCAAAUUUGCUAUAUUUUCAUGAUUAAACUAUAUUGACUGUGAUUUUAUCUUAUAAAUAAGAAGAUAAAAAGUGUUGGAUUGUGACUAUAAGGUGUCCAGAUCUUAUUUUUAAAUUUUUGUUAGUUCAGCCAGUAAUUUUGUGCCUGUGUCUGAAAUUCUUAUAAAAAUUGUUCACUUCUACAAUGUGUUAGCACACUGUCAAUCAUUGUUUUGCUUUUUUAUAGGGGUUUUAAAAACAUCAUUUGAGUGAGAAGCUUGAUCUUCUCAUUCAAAUUGUUUGAUUGGUUUGAUAAGAUUAAGUGACCACAUGAUGGACUCCUAUUUUCUGCGCAUGCGCCUGGUGUGAGCAAUUUAAGGCAUGUACACAUAUGUUGUCAACAUAACUUCAAAUGAAGUUAAUCAUAAAAAAAGUGAACAUUUAGCACCAUUCACAUGAUGUAAAAAAUAUACAUCGAUUUAUUAUUUAUUAUAUAAAAAUCUUUGACAUCGUUUAGAGCAAAGUAUCUUUGAUACUUUGUGUGCUUUUUGUAUGAAUCAGUGCAUUACUUGUACUGUCAACUGCCUAAGCUUCACAAAAAUUUCAACAAUAAAAACUGUUCUCGGCGUUUUGAAAUAUUCAAUGAUCAUGAGUAAUUGCUGAAGGCCAAUGGAAAAUAGACGUCAUCAAGAGACAGUUUAAACAUGUCUGCAUAAAGCUGCAAAAAGAAGACCGGUCGGAAACUUGUGAAAAAUGAACGAAUAAUUAACAUUCUGGUUCUAUACCAUCCGAUGGACGUGUACGUUGUGUUGUCGACUUCAUCGUGCAGCUUUUUAAACAGUGUACUUUCUCCGUAUUUUGACCGCUGUCUAACAUCAAAUUGCUUCCCUCUGUGACUUCAAAUGAAAGUCAAACAUCUCCAUUGUUCAUCUUUACAACUGAAGAUCAUCACUCUCCACUUUCCUUCACCUUUAUCCGCCGGGCCUCGUCAAAGUUUUACUUGUCUGUUAUUCAUCGUACGUACGUGUGUGCUGGGGUAAGUGUGCGUAUACUUAGAUAUUUAAGAACACUUUCAUUGUGUAAUCUAGAUUAGUUAGGUGAUAAAAUUCACCAGAUUUUUCUGUGUGAUCACCCUUUGACUGUUUCUCGGAAAGCGCUGCUUCCUGUAUAUUUCGAGCAUCAUCCAAAUGUAUUUAAAUGUCACCAGCUGAAUAUUAAAUGUAGAAGUAUACUUAUGAAUUAAAGCAAAUGUAUUCGAAUUGCAUUAUCUCCGUUGAAGUACUUUCUAUAUACAUAUAUAUUUAGUAUCAUGUAUAUAUCUAUACCUUUUGCCAUGUGGUACAUGUGAGAUUGUGUGUCAACAACAUCACUACUCGAACAUUUUUUUUUUUUUAUCAUCAUAUGAUCACGACCUUCAAGGUUCACUUUGAUCUCUAUUUCACAUCAGUCGCUGAACAUAAAUUGUUACACAUCGAACAUGGUAACACACUGUUCUUCUUUUGCAGAAGUGCCUUGCUCUGACAACGAAUAAAUAAGUAAUAUCACACAAGCUAAAGUCACAGAGGUCUAUAUAGCGAAAGCACCUGCUCUAUAUAUAUAUAUCAUCUGUGCAUUAAUUCUUAAUUAACAUUUAAACCUCUCUUGUCGAGAUUAUACAUUCCUUCCCUGGUUAGCCCAUAACCCGUACACACACACAACUGAGGGUAGGUUGUUCCGUUGUCUAUCGGUAACGUGCAAGUGACGCACAAUACCGAUAUCAAGGUUUUGUAAACUGUUGUAUUUAUUCUUUUCAUCGUCUUCCACGUUCUUUGCCAGUGUGUGAUAUUUUGAAACUUUUUGACUCAGUUUUAAAUACGGAUAUGUGCAUAUCAAACUAUGUAUAAAUACAUAUCAAGCUAUUAGAAAAUCGACACUUUUGCUUCUUUUUUUUUUUUUCUAUCCUUUGACAUGUUGCAAGUUUGAUCGAAUAAAGGAGUGACUGAA